ACGUUUCUGCUUUAAAGGUCCUGAAGACUGGGACAAACUGAGCAAUUUUGAUUUGCGGCACCGACAGUACCAAACUCCUCGCGGACUGAACGCUUUGCCUGUGGUUUUGAAGAAAAGUUUCGAAAUGAAUCUGAACUACACAUCUCCGAUCCCCCAGAUGCCGUCUCAAAGGUCAACGUCGUUCUUUAUUGAAGACAUUUUACUACAUAAACCUAAACCUUUGCGAGAUGUGUUUCCGUCGCCCUUUUCAAACUCAUUGGCUUCACGGAUGCCUCUUUUAGAAUAUGGAUAUCCUCUCAUGCCUACACCAAUACUGGCUCCUCAUCCGCAUCAUCCGCUACACAAACCUGAACAUCAUCCUUACUUUUUCACUUCUGGAAUGCAGAUGCCUGCGUUAUUUCAGCAUCACCCAGAAUUACCAGGGAAACAUUGCAGACGCAGAAAGGCAAGAACAGUGUUCUCAGACUCACAGUUAUCCGGACUCGAGAAACGAUUUGAGGUCCAGAGGUAUCUCUCCACACCUGAGCGCGUGGAACUGGCUACGGCGCUCAGUCUAUCAGAAACACAGGUAAAGACGUGGUUUCAAAACCGGAGGAUGAAGCAUAAAAAACAGCUGAGGAAAACACAAGACGAGCAGAAAAAUCCAAACGAUGUAGACCGAUCACUGGACACCGCGAGCGACAGUGAAAUGCACGAGAAAAGUACAGAAGACGGUAAAAACGGCAUGAGUCCGGACAGAUACACGCUGGAUGAAAAUGAAGAUGAUGUCGAUAUUGAGGAUGACAUUUGCUCUCCUGAACAUAUACUAUAGUAUUGUUUAAUCUCAUUUAAUGAAAAGUGUACAAAUUAAUUACAAUCUUUUAGAUAGGAAAUGACAUACAAUUUUUUUAUUCAUUUGAAAAUAACAAAUUUAAUUCUUCAAGCGCUUAUGAAAUCUGGACACAUCUUAAACAAUGAAGCAUGUGUAUUUAUUAUUAUUAUUAUUAUUGACAACAACAGACUGGCUUUGUGACUGAAUCCUCUGACCAUAUUUGUAAAUGUGAAACGAAUAGUACGUAAUGUACUGACAAUAUGUAAAUAGAGUUAUGAUAAUACUUGUUAAAUAAUCAUUCAAGAGAUGUAACAAUUUCCAUUCCAAUUUUAGUGUCACAUUUUUAGCACUUUCGCAGGACGACGAUAUUGGCAUGUUGACUUACAUAUUUAUCAAACCUAAAACUGUGACUUGUCAUUUGUAAAAUCAAAUAAUGUAUAUAAAAUGUACAUUGAGUAAAAUAUCUAAGACGAUUCUUAAAUUAAUCAGCUGUGCCUGGUUUUAUUUUAUUUAUGUUUUAGGUCUACAGGUUUAAGUGCUUUGAAUGUUCAAAAAUGAUUAAGGAGUUCUGCCUCGCACAUUUCUGGAUAUUACAAUUAAGAAUUGUUCAUCUUAUUCUAAAAUAUUUUUAAAUUCGAAUAAAAAUUAUUUCGUUUACUAAAUUACCGAAACGAAUACAGUCAUUAUUACUACAAAAAUAACCACAAUCAACAAAAUAAUAAUAGGUCUUUGAAAAGAAGUGAUGUCUCAUUACAAGCUAUUUGCGUCACACUUCGGCUAUACAUUUACAUAUAAACUACCAAAACAUUUAUAGAUACAGCUCUGCUCUUUGUUUUUGUAGUAUUUUAUAUUUUUCUAGAUGUAUAUAUUAUUUUUAUGAGGCCAAUAAUAACCCAAACUGGGUAACAAAAUGCAUUUUUUAAAGAAACAAAGGUAGUAAAAAAACGUGCAGCAAAGAUGUCAAAGUAGAAAAAUAAAAUCCUGGGUGGCAACUUAUGUGUAGCAUUGAUGGCAUUGUUUUCAAACAUCAAUUUAGACUUGAACUUAAAGCCUUCAUAUAUAUAUAUAUAUAUAUAUAUUGUAGGCUAUGUUAAAUUCAUGUUUAUAACGCAUGGAUUCGCUGCAUAUUUGUCCUAUUAGUUGCAACACUGUUGUUUCCCAAACUUGUUGUAACAAUGUUGUUGAGGCUGAUGUAUUUUGAUUAUAGCUUAUUUGAAAAUAUUGUGAGGUAGCCUAGCAAUUUUUCAAACUCGAAAUUUUCUAAUACGGGAAGUGCGCAAAUUGAGACUGUUUACGGUAAUUAGCCUCCUUGUUUUACUACACCGGGUGUGUGGCACACUUCCAUACUUUGAAAAGCAAUUCAUGUCGUUUUCAAAACGUGAUUCUGAUUAAGCCGGGCAAAAUAAAACACGCGAAGAGAAUAGGCCGUGCGGAAGGUGAUCAAUUAAAAGAUUAAGCGUUUUGCAACACAUGGACGCAUCUGCAUGUCGCUCUAAUAGCAGAGCCAUCAGCUCAUUUUCAGGGGCCUGCCGCCUUCUCCAGCACUGUCCGCAGAUCAA